ACCGACGGGGCGGCCGUGAGGCGCUGCCUGACCUGCGGGGCUGACCUCUGCCUCUUCUGCUGCCAGGCCCACAGGAGACAGAAGAAGACGGCUUCUCAUGUCCUGACAGAGCUAGAGAACACUGAGGACUGCAGCCAGGCUGGGACACCUCUAUUCUGCCCUUCCCAUCCCACUGAGGAGUUAAGGCUGUUCUGUGAGCAGUGUGACCAGCCUGUGUGCCGGGAUUGCAUUGUAGACAGGCACCGACACCACACCUAUGACUUCACCAGCAAUGUCAUCCACAGACAUGGGAACACCCUGCGGGAGCUCCUGAAAAACACCCAGCAGCAUGUGGGCACCCUAGAAGGUGUGCUGAGCCAGAUUGAUGACAUGGGCAGUGCCAUCCGCAGUCAUGUGGAGGCUGUGGCCUCAGAGAUCUGUCUGUUUGCCAGUGGGUAUGUGAAAGCAAUUGAAGAGCACCGGGACCAGCUGCUAAAGCAGCUGGAUGACUUGAAGGUGCAGAAGGAAAACCUCCUGCACUUGCAGAAGGUCCAGCUGCAGCAGCUGCUGCUGGACAUGAGGACAAGUGUGGAGUACACACAGCACUUGCUGAUGAGUGGCUCUGAUCUGGAAAUCCUCAUCACCAAAGGGGUGGUGGCAAGCCGGCUGGCAAAGCUGAACACCGUUGCUUACAACACCCACCCCAGUGUGGACGAUAGGAUCCAGUUCUCUCCCCGGGAGAGGGCAGGGCAGUGUUGCGGCUAUGAAGUUUUUGGAGUCAUUCUCAAUAAAGUGGUUGAUCCAGCCAGAUGUACUCUGCAUGGUGAAGAUCUUCACAGUGCCCGCCAGAACCAGCUGACUGGCUUUACCCUGCUCUGCAAUGACACCACAGGGGAGCGGAUAGGGCGAGGAGGAGAGGCUGUGCGGGUCACCAUCAUCCACAAGGACAAAAGGGACUGUGCAGUCAAGCCAACAGUGUGUGAUAAUGGUGAUGGGACCUACCAUAUUUCCUACAGCCCUGAUGAGCCUGGCUUGUAUGCUGUCUGCGUCUAUGUGAAAGGGCAGCAUGUACAGCGCUCUCCGUUCACUCUGACAGUGAAAAACAAGUUCCGUGAGCACCAAGGUGUGUUCCACUGCUGCACAUUUUGCUCAAGCGGAGGGCAGAAAGCUGCUCGCUGUGCCUGUGGGGGGACCAUGCCAGGUGGCUACCAAGGCUGUGGCCAUGGACACAAAGGUCACCCUGGCUGCCCCCACUGGUCCUGCUGUGGACAAGUCAAGGAAAGCUCGGAGUGUUUGGGAGGACCACCCAGCAACACCAAGCAGAGAAGUUUGCUCAGAACAGUGGUGCUCUGAGCAGCCAGGUGAACUCCUGUGAGCCCAGGGCACUGCUGCUGACUGCUGCAUCAGCACAAACCACGAGGAUCCC